AACCCGCAACGCUGCAGACAUGCGUCCUUCGGUGCGAUUGUUGAACUUGGAGGUGCCCCCUAUCCAAGGGGCCCGAACCCUUUAUGUCUGCUCAGUCUGCAGGCACGCAGCGCGUCCCCGUCCGAUUGUCACACGCCAAUUCCUGCGCAACGCCUCUAACGCGAACUCGCUGACCGAGAAGGUGCGCCGCAAGAUCUGGGGCACCGAUAAUCCCCCCGGUUUGAAGGAUCCUUAUGGUGGGGAGGGUGCGUUGGAGCGAAGAUUCAAAAAUAAGGGAGCUCAGGUUAUAGAGGAAGCAGAGACACCUGAAGCUUCUCAAGCGAUUGACGCCGCUGCCUCCGAGGACGCUGUACCUGCCUCCGCUGACUACGAGCCGGCGACGACAUGGGAUGGCCUCGAUCGCGUUGGUCAUCUUGGACGGUGGUCUGAUCUUCCUCCUGCGCCGGCCGACGUAUACGAGUCGUUCCAAGUCCCGAAGAAGAUCACCAAGAAGGAACUACUCUCACUUGCCGCUCACCAGGCUGUCGUCGAACUCUGCCUCAUGCACAAACUGGGAAAGCCCUUGACGAGUAUCUGUGAGGUUGUGGAGCAUGAUAAGUUGAUCUUCAAGAUGAUCUGGAAGACCAAGAUUGUACCCUCCUCGAACGGGCAGUGGAGUGAGGCACUAGAAUACCCCAACAAGCAGGCAGAGGAGGCGCUUGUCUAUAUCUUUAAGCAGAUUGGUGCCGAAGAGGCUGCUGAAACGGUAGAAGCGACGGAGCAAGUUGAAGAAACGGAAGAGCCUCUGGACGAGUUGACAGAGGACCUUGACACGGAGCAAAGCAAACUCGCCUUUUGUGGCUAUCAGAAACCACGGGAUAAUGGUCACUUGUCUCUGUCGUUGAACGAUCCGGCCACGAAGUUCGCUUUCUUGAAGAGAUUCUCCCAGCUGACUGGCCACUUCUUUCCCGAUCCUGCGGCUCAAUCGAUUACCACCGUUCAGGAAGCCGUUACCUACGUUCAGCAAAUCAUGAAGUCCAAGCCUAAGAAGCUGGCUGAUUACCUUGCCAAGAACCAGCAGUACAAGAAAGCGCCCAAUGUCAAGGUUUUCGCUAAGAGGCAGAAGAGGUCAGACAGGGAUGAGGAUUUGGGCCGAAAGAAGCUCAUUGAAGCCGAGCUUCGCGCUAGAGGUCUUCUGGAAUAAAUUCCUGGGAUAGAGGGCCCGAAAUAUGGCUCUGAGGUUUAGUCUCUAGUUCUUGUAGCAUGUUACUUGUGAAAUCCUUGUUGUACAAUAGGAAUCAAUGUUUUGUCGG